GUCUGACAACUGCGCUGCUCGACCGUGGACGUCGUAGGAGGCAAAACGAAACGUGUUGGUGGAGGCCUCAUGUCGCUCUUGUUUCUCUCGCAUGGUGGCUAAAUCCAUUAUUGCCUUAGUCUAUCUCGCAUUACUCGCUUCUGGUCGUUUCACGUUUUACAAAGCGGCCGCAGCUUCCCCGCAAUCACUGGCUCUUCGAUGGCCGGCUGAGUUGCUACGCUUCAAACUUCGCAUUGCCCGCUUGCUGACCUCAGCAAUACAUCUUCGACUCGUCUAUCUGUCUCCCUACGAACCGCAAAAGAAAGCCAUUAGCUAAUUAGCAUCUGCCGCGAGUGUUCACACGCCUAACGUCGCUCAAAAAUUUCGCCUACAGUCGAGUGGGGGUGAUUUCGUGAAGAACCGUUUGGAAGACGUCAUAAUCUGGCUUUCUCUGCGUGGAUGGGACGAUAUAUGCACAACUGACAAUGGAUGGUAUUAGCGGCGAUUCUAGUGAGGGCUUCGGCCUUGACAUGUCCUCGCAGAUGUUCUCCGUUUACGCUGGCGAUGGCAGCCCCGUGAGCCAUAACCAGCUGGGCUCAAUGGCUCAAGACGACGAAAGAAUGGAUGGCGACCCCAAAAGGAGAAGAAUUGCAAGGGCUUGCGAUAUGUGCCGUAAGAAGAAGAUCAAGUGUGAUGGUAAGAUGCCAAAGUGCUCGCACUGCAUCAAUUAUAAGACAGAAUGCAUUUUCACGCAAGUUGAAAAGAAGAGAAAUCCGCCCAAAGGUGCCAAAUAUAUCGAAGGAUUGGAAAACCGGAUGAAGAGACUGGAGGGGUUACUCAAGAUGGCCGGCCUGGCAGAUAGCGAAACCGAUCUUCCGUCUAUUGAACGCCGCUUACAACAACGAUCACAGAGUGUACAGCAGACUCAGCCGAAUGGAGCGAACGCGCCAUCAGGUAUGCUGUCCUCUAUGUCUGUAGCAGGAAAUACUCGCCCAGGAUCGUUGCACUCGACUCCUCAGAUGGACUCCCUUUCGAGCCCUAGGAUUACCGAUUCACCCGACUCUCAGGAAGGGAAGGAAUAUGAAGUAGAAGCAUUGUCCGAUAUGAUGUGUUCGCUUGUUACGAACAACUGCGGGGAAACGAGAUAUAUUGGGUCCUCGUCUGGAUUCUCAAUUUUCUCUCCCAGAGGUAUCCAGUGGGUCAACGAGAAAACCGGCGACUCCUCUUUUGAAGAUAUGAUAUCAUCCGCCUAUAUCGACGACAAUAAAUGGAUGUACUGGAAACCAGAGAUUUUUAGUGACAUAUUUGCCCGCCGUGUCUUCAAGCCGCUACCCCCUAAAGAUGAAGCUCUUUCACUCUUUCGAGACUUCUUUGAUAACUUCAAUUGCUUAUUACCGCUCUACCAUGAACCCACAUUUAUGCACCUUGUGGAACGGCAGUAUUCGCGAGAUCCUUUUGAAGGCUCUGGAUGGUGGGCUAGUAUUAAUGUUGUAUUAGCAAUUUCACAUCGGCUCCGCGUGAUGAGCCAUCUAGUUCCACAGGAGGAGGAUAAGAAGGCUUGGCUAUAUUUGAAAAACGCCAUGGGAGUUCUGACAGAACUUACUAUGCGAAACACAGAUUUAUUGAGUGUCCAAGCAUUAUUGGGAAUGUCUCUCUUCCUUCAAGGGACCCCUAACCCCCAGCCGAGCUACUUUUUGGUUGCAGCGGCUGUUCGACUUUCACAUAGCAUUGGCUUGCACAAACGAGGUUCUAGCUUCGGGUUGAAUCAGGUGGAGAUUGAGCAGCGUAAGCGAGUAUUUUGGAUUGCUUAUACACUUGACAGAGAUCUUUGCCUUCGAUCCGGGAGACCACCUGUUCAAGACGACGACGAUAUGAACGUUGAACUUCCCAGUGGCGACCCACCUGAUAAUGUUGGCAAUAUACCGCUAUCUGAUGGCCAGGGUAAAGUGAACCUCUUUAGAGUCAUGUGUCGGUUCUCUAUCAUCCAGAGCAGAGUGUACAAGAGACUUUACUCUACUCGCGCCGCGAAGCAGUCCGAUGGUGAGCUUCUGAACACUAUCGGUGAGCUAGAUAAAGAGUUGGAAGAGUGGAAGGACAGUAUACCUAUUGAUUAUCGCCCGGAAUACGAGAUCAAAACCACCCACACCCCUUUAAUCCUCCAUGUUGUUAUCCUACACUUUGCAUACUAUAACUGCCUUACAACAAUCCAUAGAAUGUCGGUACAUCAUGGGUAUUGGACGAGUCGCCUGUCCAAUUAUGCCAUUCAGGGCUUAAAUGCUCGACCUUUGAACCCCCGAGUUUUCUCCUCCGCUAAUAUCUGUGUCGCCGCUGCGAGAACGUCGAUAAACCUAAUAAAAUAUAUACCCCAUGGUGACUUUGCUUGUGUCUGGUUAAUUUUGUAUUAUCCUGUUUCUGCACUGGUUACCCUCUUUGCCAAUAUUUUACAAAACCCACAAGAUCCACGUGCGCGUUCAGACAUUAAACUGAUGGACUUGGUGGUCAACUUCCUCUCCAUGUUGGUCAGCGAUGAAUCUAACGGCAGCGUCAAGCGGAUGCUGAGUGUUUGCGCUGAAUUCGAGAGAAUCGCCAAAGUGGCUCUCGAGAAAGCCGAAAAAGAGGCACACGCAAAUCGAAAGCGUAAAGUUCUACCACCAAAUACAGAGCCAACCGUUCACAAGACAGGAGUUUCAAUGGGUCCCGCUACUUCCAAUAAUAACCCAGAGAAACCGUCGGAUACCACCCCCUUGUCGCCAGCAUUGCAAAACGCCACUCGUGCCUUCAAUCAAGCCAUGAAUGGAGUUGUAUCUCCUGCUCCCAGCAACUUUGGAACAGGUACUAUGGGUGAUAUUCCUGGUUUCUCCCAUGACUUCCAGAACAUGCUCAACCCUGGAGCUUUCAGCCAAGCUUCUUUCCCCGAACAAACCGCUACAACUUCUGAGACACCUGCUUUCACCUAUCAACAGCCCUUUGUCCCACAGGAUCUAUGGCAAAUGCCGAUGACUCUGGAAUGGGACUGGGCAGAUCUCUCUGCCUCCAAUGUACCAACAUUCGAUUAGCCUGAUGGAUUUGGUGGAGUUAUGCGUAGUGGAUCGCGAGAUGUCUUCCUCGUGACGAAAAACUAUGAUCUCUUCUCUGGGUACAUACAUACAAGGCCGGCGUUUUAAGGAGAUGACUUUCUUCUCUCUCCUUAGACUUCUUUUCUCUCGAUACUCUACUCAUUGCCAGCUAUUCAUUUUUUAAUGGUGUAUAUUCAUUUUAUCGUGGUGUAUAUUCAUUUGAUCUUGGUGUAUAUUCAUUUGAUCGUGGUGUAUAUUCAUUUGAUCGUGGUGUUAUUAAUUCGCUCCCCUCUGCAAGAUAAAGCAACAUGUGGAAAUUUCACUACGGCCGGUUCUGGUGAUGCAUGUAUGCGAUGUGUUUGAUAUUAUGCAUUGUGGAUAUAGUACUUAUGUAAGACGAAUAGAUUGGACAUAUUCCAUUAUCUUCUGAAUCGAAGAGAAGAG